AUGCAGAAACCAUCGUUUGAUGAGUUUCCAAAAGUGAACAAAGAAAAUAUGAGAUUUGAUUUCACGCCCAUUACUAGUAAAUCACACUUAGAUUCAAACCGAGAGUCGAUCCGAGCGUUGAUUAAAAAUAAGGAGACAUUAAACCGAUUGCGAGAAAACAAUCAGCAAAUGAGGUCUUGGUUUACCACCGAAACCACUAUAACUACCCGUCGGGUGAAAAAAUCCGGAGAAGAGAUCCGCAAAACCAAAACUCCUCUCAAGGUUAGCAUUGAUGAGACCGAUACGAGUCCACACCCGAAGACUACUACUUCCAAACCUAUCACAACUACAACCAAGAAGUGGACCAUCAAAAAGGGUACCGCCGAUGAGGACCAUCCGGACAGUGCCCUCAAGAUUAGUAUAGACGACUCUUUAACGAAAGUCACGCUCAGAAAGAGAACCCUUACAAGAAUUACCACAACUACAGACAGAGCGGUGACCGAAACGGACAAUUCGCCCAACAAAGGGAUAUUAGUUGCGAAUAAAAGGGAAAAUAUUAAUUCAGAUGCAGUGUUGGAAAGAGAAAAGUACUUCGAUUACAACGAUUUGCUCUCUAACGACACCACUUCGGGAGAAGAUAAUGAACCCAACUGUACAGUAGAGAUAGAUAGAGACGACGACACGACUACAACCACUCCUGUAGUGUCCAUAAGUGUCACAACAACUAAAACAAAAGCGAUCACAACUCGAGCCACGAAGAAGUCCGGGUCGGAAGACGAUAAGCCGGACUCAACCCUCGAGAUCAAUAUCAACGAUACGGCCACCAGAUCUCCGACAACCAAAUUGCCGAAGACUACAAAAAUGGACACAACUCGACAAGCAAUAGACACUAAAGGGGAAGAAGACAAACCGGACGCACCCAUAAAGAUAGUCAUCGAUGACACGGUGUCUAUCACUCCAAGAAUGACAACAAUAGUGACCACAACUCCAAUUAAAGCGACGAAAAAACUUACGAACAAAACUUUGAUAAAAGGCAAACCGGACGCACCCCUGAAGAUAGUUAUUGCUGACACAACAGCUACCACUCCAAGAGUGACCACAACUCAACCUAUUGAGAAGUUUGUGCCUGAAGACGACGCCCCGGACUCACCUCCUAAGAUAAUUAUCGAGGAGACAUUCAAAAUGGUUUUGAAAACAUCUAAACCAAUGGUCACUACAAUUACACCGACAAAGAGAUUGGCCACAGAAUCGAUGGCAACGAAACAAAAGUUUAAAUCAGAAGGCAUUCGGGAGGAAUCGGACGAACCACACACUCCAAGAAUAACGAUAACACCCAAAGUGACCACAACUACCAUAAAAGCUAAUAUAAUAAUCACGAAGAAGUUGGGAUCGGAGGACGACAUUGGCAUCGAUGACACGCCGUCUUCUACUCCAAGAGUCACUACAACAACGACUCCAAGAAUGACGACACGACCGACAAAGAUGUCUGCGGAGGACAUUCUGGAUUCGCUUCUUAAAAUAGAUAUCGAGGACACGACUUCCACCAGUCCUCAAACGAUCACACGAUUGCCAAAUAAAGUGAUAACUAUUCGACCGACAAAGAAGUAUUCGGGAGAAAACAAUGAACCCAAUAGUCCAUUAAAGAUAGGAAGAGACGACGACACGACUGCAACAACCGGUCCUAACUUCGAUUACAACGAUUUGCUCACAAACGACACCACUUCGGGAGAAGAUAAUGAACCUAACAGUCCAAUGGUCACUACAAUUACACCGACAAAGAGAUUGACCACAGAAUCGAUGGCAACGAAACAAAACUUCAAAUCGGGAGGCAGUGGUGAUGAGGAGGACGAACCCCACACUCCAAGACUGAUGACAACAACCAAAGUAACCACAACUGCCAUAAAAGCCAAUACAAGACCAACAAAGAAGUUGGGAUCGGAUUUACCUCUCAAGAUAGGUGUCGACGAGACGGCGUCUUCUACUCCAAGAGACACAUCAACAACGACUCCAAUAGUGACGACCCGACCGACAGAGAUGUCCGGCUCUGAAGAGGACGUUCUGGAUUCGCUUCUCAACAUAGAUAUUGUCAACACACAAGUGUUGACCACGGAUUUGACGACAACAAAAUAUAAAUCCAAACUGAGAGACAGUGGUAAUGAGAACAAACCCUACAUUCCUCUUCAGGUGGGUAUCGACGACACCACUAUUACUGCCAGCCCUCCCAUCCCUCGGAUGACCGCAACAGCGACCCGAUGGCUGACGAAAGCCGUUGGCAGCGAUCAAAACGAUAGACCACUGCCAUUGCGGGCGAGAAUUGACGGCACGACUGCCAGUGCGGCCACAAUUCUGACCACAUCUAAGCCCCGGACGAUUACUCGUAAAAUAACCACAGCCUCAGCUGCCUAUCCGGACGCCCCUCACAAACAGGGAACAGAUGAAGAGUUGACAGAAGAGUGCGACGACAAGACCACAGACACAGCGGUGACCGAAACGGACAGUUCGCCGAAGAAUGGGAUAUUAGUUGCGAAUAAAGGGACAAACCUUACGUCAGAUACAGAGUUGGAAAGAGAGAAGUAUUUAGAUUACAACGAUCUGCUUCUCCUCCUCAACGACACGACUCCUCGCAAUACCACCGAUAGUGAUGUCUACACGACGUCGACAGUCAUCCCAAACACACCUGUAAUUGACGUCACAUUUGAGAUGACAACUGAAACAGAAGUCACAACUAAUGCAAAAACUACGGAAUCACUCACUACUACUACAACCACGACAUCCACUACAACUCCUACCAUAACGACCAUUGAAACAACUAUUCCCACCACAACAACAAUAACCACUACUAUUACUACUCCAAUCAUUUCGGGGCCGAGCACUCGGGCGCCCGAAAUACCGGACGAUGACCUCCAGAAAUGGGUCAACGAUAUGGUGGCCAUCACUAGACGUCCCGAAUUGACGGGUGAAAAGGACGACCCCAUCGCUCAUCUCAUCAAAGGUCAUGACGACAACGAUUUCAAUGACAAUCACACUAUAAAUUGGAUAACACUCACACCCGAGACGUCAACAAUGGCCAGCACUCGGCGGUCAAAAGCUCGGGAUGAAGAGAAUGAAUCAUUCAUUUUGAAUGAUAAUGAGGUUGACUUUAUUGAAGGCGAGAAUAAUGCCAAUCGCAUCGCAAAUGGCACCGCAGCUCAACCAUUGACAACCAUUACGAGCACUCGUCGGCCAAAGUUGUCCGGCGAAGAGGACAACCCCAUCGCUCAUCUUAACAAAGGUCACGACGACGUCGAUUACACUGACAAUCGCACGACAAUUAUGACAACACCCGUCACCUCACAUGAAGACGAAGAUCUCUUUGCUAAUGAUUUUAAGGUAUUUGAUGGAUAUAAUCCAAAUCACAGCACAAAUGGGACGACAACUACUACUACGACAACAGAAAAACCAACAGAAAAGCCAAUAGAAGAGACAGCUACUGAAGACUUGAGUUUUAUCAUAAAUCCGGAACAGACGUCAAUACCAGUGCUCACCACUACUCCCGCUAUUCACACAAAUAGUGAUGUGGCGGACGAUUGCGAGGGCUGUACUGAAGCUUUAAACUUAAAUAACGGUUUGCUGUCGGCAACGGAUCAGAGUCUUCGUAGGUUUGCUUUCUUGAACGCUCCACAAAGUAGUGAUCAAUCGAUAUCACAAUCCAUUGGACACAACGGUGGAGACAGUGAGAGACACAGCAAACUGUUUAUUGAUAGUAAUGCAAAGCAAACAACGAAAUACUCAAUGAGUGGUGUUAUGUCUGAGAGAAGCGGAGACAACAAACAACAGGCCGUCGAUGCGAUCGAUAGGAGUAAAAGCGAUAAUCAGAGCAAUCCGUGUCGACUGACGGUCGCUGACAUCAAACGGAUCCAGGAAUCGAAAACCAGUGAAUACUAUUCAAAGGAAUGCCAGACAUUGAUUAGGAAUUACCAGAAUAUCGAGACAACCAUAAAGAAUACAAAGAUUGUCAACUCGUUGAACGCGAUGAUCGAGAAGGCCCGGGCGCAGGUGGACUACCAUGCACACAUAACCAAAAUGAAUGGAGAAAUGAGCAAAAAUGUAAGCGAAUUGGGAUCACAAGACUUGCCAAAAGCAAAAUCACUUUUAUCGGUUCCCAACGAGACUCCCAGAGUCAUACGGCAACCGCAGACAUCCGCCGCCUCACAGCCCACUCAUGGCAUACAAUUGGGUAAUCAUUUGAUACCACUAGGGGCUCCGCAUCUGUCCUCACAAUUAGCACCUAAUCUGAACACAAGUAUUCAAACAGCGGCCGCACGUCCGGCACUACUAACCCAUACGGAAUACGAGACCGAAGAGGUCGAUGAAAGCGACGGUGUCUUCAAAUCUAGCACAACCGACAGCACAACAGUCGCUCCCAGUCAUGGCAUUCCAGACAUUGAUUUUAAAUCAAUGGCUUUAAAGUUUCGAGAGAUGGCCCGAGAGUUUGAGUUGAAAGCUGAACGGAAAUCUAAAAACUUGAAUCCAUUGAUAAUCAGUUAUGGCUUUGAAUGCGAUAACAAUAAGACAGAUAUAAGCGAUCAGAGAAUCAAACUAUACUAUGAAUACCAAAGUCUUCGGCUAAAAGGCAAAGUAUUGGUGGAAAUGGUUUCGGUGCCACUCAUGUCCUUCACUAUGCACUGCACCGCUUAUAUACCACUUCUUGGGGACAGCACUUCCGUGGCGUUCAAUUGGAUGCGAGAGACAAGAGAAUCGGUGAUCAGUAGGUUUGAGAAGCAAUUUAUCAGACAAUUGGUUCAACUUCUGUCUCAUGGUAUCAACGAUUUGCCCGAAGAAUUGUGUCUCAAGAUUAUCACUUAUUUGCCGUACAAUUCAAUCAUUCAAUUAUCGCAAACAAACAAUUUCUGGCGCUAUGUCUGCGACAACGACACCGUUUGGCACUCUAUAUAUCGGCACAAAUAUACCGCUGUCUCCUAUAAUAACGCCAAACAGUCGACAGACAUGUGGAAGAAUCGCUUCAAAGACGAGUACAUCCGACUCAAGACUAUUCAAAGACGAAGAGAUGAGUUCCUCAGAAACAGAUCGCCAUUACUUCACAAUCGGUUUCAUUUCCCUCUGAGAAGGACUCGAACUCUAUAG